GCGAGACUGGCACCCGAGACUGGCACCCCACCUUUCUGGACCUUUUGAGCCUUUCUUUGGUCGCGCAACUUCCGUCAUUGACCAUUUGUCACAAGAUCAAGAUCACACGGCUGGUGUCCAACUUUGCUUGACACAUUCAUUCUGUCUAUCAAGCCACUUUGUCUGCUGCAAUAAUCCAGCCAUAUCCACACCUAGGCACACACAAUUCGUCACCACCAGAGGGUACGUACUACUCAGGCUGCUGACUCUUUUUGCUGGGGCGCACGGCUUGAUCGGAGCCUCGGGCCAACCUGAAAGUGGACAUUUUCCAUUCCAGGCAACAUCAACUAGAUCUGAUCGGAUCUGACUUGAUCUGCCUCCUUUUCUUGUCUCUUAUACAUACAGACAGACACAACACCUCGGUUGUUGCUUUCGACUCCUGCCUGCCUCGACUUUGCGGCUUUCGGCAUCACAUUGCAACCUGCAACCUGCAACCAGCCCCCCACCCCUCCCCGCGCCGACUACCUACAUACAUAACCUUCCUUGUCUUCCCUGCAACAAUCGCAAUCACGAUUUACAAGCGGCCGCACCACAUCCCACAUCCCACAUCCACAUCCACAUCCCCGAGACUCGCCCUGCCCUUGCAGCCGGCCCUUGGGACCCCUCCUCCCAUCCCAAACGACCCGCUCAGCCGCUGCGACCGGCCGAGCGUCAUUACUCAUCACCAAGCCGGAUUCCAACUUCCACCAUUCCCACGACCGUCUUCCGCCGAACCUUCACAAACCCCUCACGACACAACAUGCCCGCCGGAACCUCCCAACAACAACAACAACAACAACAACAAACCCAGCUGGCCGACCCUCCCAUUGACAGCAUGGAUCACGAUCAAGACCACGACGCCCAAGAGGCUACCACCACCCUGCCAAACAUCAUCCCAGACUCCCAAUUGUCGCCAGACACCUACCGAUUCCCCUCAGAGCGACUAUUGCGCAGGCAAAGACAUGAGGGCAAAACACCUCUGGUUCUGGUAGCUUGCGGCUCCUUCAGCCCCAUCACCUAUCUCCACCUGCGCAUGUUCGAGAUGGCCUCCGACUACGCUCGCUUCAACACAAAGUACGAGAUCAUUGGCGGCUUCCUGUCACCAGUGUCCGACGCCUACAAGAAGCCCGGCCUGGCCCCCGCCAGGCACCGUAUCCAGAUGUGCUCUUAUGCCGCCGAGAAGACCUCCGAGUGGCUGACCUGCGACCCUUGGGAGGCCAUCCAGCCCAACUACUUCCCCACUGCCCAGGUCCUCGACCACUUCGACCACGAGAUCAACCAGGUCAUUGGCGGCUGCGAGGAUGUUCAUGGCAACAAGCAGCCAGUGCGCAUCGCCCUGCUCGCCGGCGCUGAUCUUAUACAGACAAUGAGUACGCCCGGUGUCUGGUCUCCGCCCGAUCUGGACCACAUCCUGAGGAAGUUCGGCGCCUUUAUCAUCGAGAGGACCGGCACCGACAUCGAUGAGGCCCUGGCCGGCCUCAAGGACUACCAGGACAACAUUCAUGUUAUUCCACAAGUCAUUACUAAUGACGUGUCGAGCACCAAGGUCCGGCUGAUGCGGAAAAGGGAUCUGUCUCUCCGAUAUGUCGUGCCGGACUCGGUCAUCGAGUACAUCGCCCACCACGGUCUAUAUCGGGAGUAAUUCUCGUGCAGCGAUUCACAUGUAAAGUUUUUUCUCAGCGACUUGUAUGGAUACUACUUCGAUCAUGAGCCAUAGAGCUCCUCAGCGGCAUGAUCAUGAAGCAAUCGGGGGCCCUUGGCCCUGAACUUCACACUUACUGCCACGGCACAUAUCGGAUCAUCGGCAUCCCUCGGCCUUUCAUGAGUUUCAUGGGCCGCUCGAUACCGUGUAAAUUACCGGCUCUCGGUAGUGCGACAUGCAUAUCCCUGCCCUGGGCCGACCUUUGUCCUCGCUCUUCCAUGCGGACACCGGCAUGCUAGAUGUCCGAAGCUGCGGACACAGCCUUUGAGUAUCAAUGUCCUGCAUCAGACAAUCCACCACGGAAGUUGUCUCGGGGCAACCAUCCGAAGACGAGAGAUUCUUGCUUUUUCCUGGAUACCAAUUCUGCGGCUACGAAUGGGAUGGCACUCUGCCCUUUUGUUUUUUUAGGGCUGCGGGACCUCAAGCCUACCUGUGACAAGGAGGUUGAUGGGUUAUGGCGUUCAUGGGAGGCUCAUUUCAGUUACCAAAGACGAGAUGUCUUGGACCUCUGAAUAGUGUCUAAAGAUACUUGAAUACAAUCGUGCUGAACUGCAAAGACGUUCUGUCUUUUCAGUCCAACAUGCAACAAGCCCUGCUCUGAUUCAUUAUAUUUCCUUGUGUAUGCA